AUGACCGUGGGAAAGGAUUGGCUGGCUUAUCUUUUUGAACCUCAGACUCUGUUGGCCGAUCUCAAUUCUCUUUCUGAUGACACGAGAGUCUUAUUGAUGAGGGAUUUCCUAUCGCAAGCCGAAUUACAUGAUCGUCGUAGUUCUACUUUCGGUACCGACAGUGCCAUAAAACAAGCCUUCUCAGAUUUUGGUCUUCCUGAUGAAACGUCUCCUCAGUCUGGCUAUGACAAGUCGAAGAUGCUUGACUGCCUCUCUCUACAGAUUGCUGCGUCCUUUCAGUUUAACACAAAUAUCUUCGCGGGGGUUGUUACCGAGCUUCCCCUCAGACUUUCCUCACGCCUUUAUCGAACCCUUUUCUUGACAUUACUCGAAAAGAACAGUAGAGGAGCAAAAGAUGAAGAUAUCGAGAAUGGGACAUGUACCACGCCUUAUGAUUUAGGCCCAUGGGAAAACCUGGAACCUACUCUCGCUUUUGCAGCAUUAGCUUACCAUCUCUGGUGUUUACAGGUUGCUUUUUCUGAGAGUCUACUCUCACAGCCCUACCGCAACUUGACGCCCGUUGUUGCGGGUCUCUCUGAAGUACCAGACCUCGCCUUCCUGCCUGACAGUCGUGCCGACCGAGACGCCAUUUUAAUGCGACACGAAGAAUCGGCUGCACGAUUGCACGAUCUGCUUAAAUGCCUCGAAGGAGGCGUGGUUAUUUCCCGACCAACCCCAGCCUUCUUUUCUUCAUCCACACGUAAAACCCCCGAAGAGGAAGUCCUUUCCACCAAUCGCCUCGUUGCUGGUGUCAGUUUUGCUCUUGGGCGCCUCGCUUUCCAGCACAAUCUCGUGGAAAAAGCUGUCGAAUUUCUUACUGCUGCUCAGAAAGCAUUCCUUUCAGAAAAGGUAACAGGGAUGCACACUCCGCCAACCCUCUCCUACUGUGUUCAAAUAUCACUUGAUCUUAUCGAGGAGGCUGGAGCCACACCAGGCCUCAUUGAAAGUUACCUUGCUGGAUGUUCCUCAAGUAGCUCUAUUAAGUCCCUGACCGACGGCACGGGCAGCUGUUUUUGUCUGGUCGAUUCAUUUUGCGCUGCUCUCAAACAGGGUCUCGACUCUGGCGACCCGGAUUAUGUCCUCCUGUUGGUUGCUUCUGUGGCGCCCAUGAAAGCGAACCUUCGCGCGUCACCUGCUGCUAAGGAUGCUAGGAAAAAUGUCCCCAAGAAUAAGAUCAACAACCAACCCCAGUUUUCUCAGGAGGAGAUAAUCGCCUCUCUUGAGGCAGAUCUUUCUCAGUCGGACGAUGCCACCCACUUUCUUGGUUUUGGCCUGAGGCAGUGUCUAGAACAGCUGACCCACAGAGCACUCACAAACCUGGCCAAUAAGUGCAUAGCAGACGGAAAGCCAGGAACGCAAGGCGGCAAACAGUCAAAAGCGAAGGAGCUUACUCAAUUAAAGAGGGCGUUCAAUAAUUGGCAGAUGUUUUACACAAGAGUGAGUUGCUGUUUCCUCAAUAAAUAUCCCGUUUCUGCCACAAGUAAAUCAUUAUAUUCUGGUACAUUUUCGGAACAGGUGGUUGUGUACAACGGAAUAAAAUCGAUUCUGCAGGCGUCUUCUGUCCAAAUCGCCGCCUUUUGCCAAGUGCUACUUGAUUCUGGUCCCAAAAUGGAAGACGAAACAGCGCCGUUUACUGCGUCUAUCAACAUCGAAGAAGCCGCCAGCUUACUUCUCAAACAACUUGAUCGUCUUCUUGUCGAAAAAAACUGUAGAGUGAUUUCUUUCUUGAGCGAUCUUGUAGUCAGAAUAAGCACGCAGCGUCUAAUGGAAAAGCAAACUGCAUCUUCAUCGGCUAUGGUAUUUGUCGAUUCGUUGAUUAAAUCUUCUAUGGUGAGUCCUUUGCAUUUACCCUCCCCAUCUCUGAUCAUGCAGCAUUCAGAUGGGAUGUCAAACGUAGGUCGUUUGCCUGCUGAACUGCAGACCCUUAUUCAAAACCUGACAACUGAUGACCAGCCUAGAAGUAAUGAAAAUGAAGAUAUUUUUAGCCACCUUCCUGAUCCAGAAACUGCGCACUCCCCAUCCCCUCUGGUGCAUGAAGAGCCUACUCCACAUCUUCAGCAUCAAAAUCAUUCAUAUCGCAGUCGUAUUACGGAUAUUCGAGCUGCGCCAAAACUGUCACCUAUCAGCCUCUUGGUCGCGAGUUCGAAUCCCAAAGUAGUAAUAAAGUCUUGUGGUGAUCUGAUCAAUUCCGGCUGGACCCCAGAAGCAGUCCUUCGAUCCGGCGGAUGGGCAGACACCACGCUGGUCACGCUACUCAAGUGGACCACUCCUGGAGACUUCCAUGUGAAAGCGGGAUUUCAGAGGCGUGAGCCCCCUUCUGGUGGUUUUGCUCCCCCGUCGUAUCUUGAGUUAAACCACCGGCAACUUAUAGGUGUUAUAUCGGAAAAUCCCCAAUCUCUGCCGGCUCUUGUGUUAUUGUUGCGUGCUAUUGAUUUCCGGAAAGAUCGACUGAAUUGGGAACAGGCGAACGCUUUUCGUUUGGCGGCUGGUCAUCUACUCCCUCCAGGUGCACAAGGACCUCAAGCCGGCAUACCUGGGGGGUCUGUUUCUGGUGCCCCGCCUCUCUGGUGUCGAAGCCUUGUUAGGUGGAUUAGGGUAGCUCUGGAACACGAAGCAUUCCUUUUGGAUCUCCUAGAGAGUCUAAUAUCCCGCAGUAGCACUUCCGUUGUUUUUCGCUCAACCAAAGUUAAUGCUGACGAAAAUGAAUUGCUAAGGCGGUCUAAGUCUGCCCUACUGCAGGUUGCCGGCGUCUCAAACGACUUGGGUCCGGAUGCGGUAGUUUCGGAGGACUUAUUGUCAGCCGCUUCUUGCUUCAUUCUCAAAAAGGAACCCACCUUUCUAUCCACGCUUAACGGCGGCUCUCAGGUUCUAGAGCUUAUUCGCUGUCUCUACAGACUCGAAAAUGAGAGUGAGGAGCCCGUCCAGGCUGCUCGUGAUUUGUACAAUCUGCUUUGCAACUGGCUUAGGCCGGUUUCGGAGGCGGUCUCAGCCAAUGCCUCCCCUCAUCCCCCACCGGUUAUGGGUCUUGGAAACACGACCCUACAACGCCAUGUUCAUCCAGUAAUGCCCAAAGAUAUCCGACUCAUGAUUCCGUUUGUUGGAACCCCCCCACCACAUGCACCACCUCCAAUGAAAUCAGCUCUGGCCUCUUGUCCGAGCACGGAUCCCCUACACUUCCUGGUUUGGCUAUUGACGGAACUGAGGGAUGACAACGACAAGAAUUUGUCUGUUCACCUCCUCGAUCAUUUGAACAAUUGCCUUGCGGCAAUCCUCUCCUCUGUUCAACCAGUUUUUAAAACGGACUCCCUCAAAAACCCGUGGCCCUCUGUGACUGGAAAUACGGCUGGGGGGCUGCAGCCGACAGUGGUGGCUAGUCUUCUGCACUUUUUACUGGCCCGCGGUCAUUAUUAUGCUCCGCAAAACGUCAGUUGGCUUCUUCUAAACGCUGAUCUGGAACUUGCUUCGCCUAACCCAAACCCAAGGAUAGUGCUUCCCUUGUUAUUGCAAGCUGGAGCUGCAGCGAGUGACUUUUUCUCCUAUCCGGUAGCCUCGAAUAUCUUUACCAAGCGGGUAAUCAACCUCACGAGGUUUCAUUUUAGAACUCGUAUUGUUCAAUCUACACCACGUCCAAAUUUUUUCCAGGUCGUUUCGGCGAUGGUUCAUUGCUGCGUGUCGCUUGGAUUUCUCGGUGAGGCGGUUGUUCUUUGUCAGUUGGCAGCGGAAAGGAGUCUCAUAAAGUUGGGUGUACAGAUAAUUGAAUCACUUGAAUCCCUCGACACAUCGGAAUCAGCCAACUUCGAAAAAACGUACGACUCGCUAGACGGACUCUCAGUCUUUUUAUGGGACAUUGAACUGUUAGAAUCUUUGGCGACUCUAGAGCUGCAAAUUGGAUCACAGUCAAAACGGAUGACGUUUAUGCGUUGUAUAAAUCAACCAGAGCUAAAUACUUCAAAUGCCCCUGAGAUCCUGCAAAUGACACAGGCCAAACGUGCAACAGAAUUUCUAAGGUACCUUUGCCAACAAAUCAUGGAAUAA